GAUAUUCCCAGCGCAGAGCUUUCGUCCCAUGGUUGUGCCGUAAACCGCAAAGACGAUGAUUUUUGUUAUCCUCUGAAGUCAGCUCAGGGAUGCAAUCACCUACCACCAUAGGGAGCCAACACGGAAUCAACGUAUUCACGGUUUAAAGGGACUGUAUUUUGAAUUUAGAAGCUAUGUUUUGUUUGUGCAACUUAAAGUUCACAAUUACAUUAAAGACCUGUGUCACGUCAGAUUAGAAUGGACUAUAAGAACUCUUGUAUCUAGAGAUACUGAACUUUUUUUCUCUUUCUUAUAAUCAGUUUUUUUUCCUUUUCAUAUCUAUUCAUUGUUAAUAAUCAUCUUAUGUAAAUAAAUUUGUAAAUAUUGUAAAGGGUGUUGAUUUGUUCUGAUGGUUACUGUCGCCGGUACGGCCUUUCCUGUCACACUGUGACUGGAGCAGUUAAUGCAAGGUAGCUUUCUGUUAUCGGACCUGUAAAUAGCAAGGUUGCUAGCUUUCUGUUACUGGAUUUGCUACUGGUAAGGUAGAUUUCUGUCACUCGACUUGUUUAUGGCAAGGUAACUUUUGUGAUUGGACCUGUAAAUGUCAAGGGAACUUUAUGUUACUGGACCUGUUAAUGGCAAGGUCAUUUUUUGAUAGUGGAACUGUUAGCAGCAAGGUAGCUUUCUGUAACUGGACCUGUCAAUGGCGUCUGACUGACUGCAAGAAGUCUUGAAGAUGUCCGUUUGUACGUGGUUUUACAUCACAGUUAGUCAACGAUGUCCAGCAAAGGUUCGUCUGCUUUUGCAAAAUACUGUUGUUAUGGAUAUAUAAACACAUGUUCUUACUGCAUUAUUUAUGUAUUUUCUUUCGUGAAACGAAUUCAUUAAUAUUUCUUUUUUUUUUUAUUUGAACAGGGAAUUGGAAGACUACAAAGUAGUUGUGGGAGAUGAGGAAGUUCGUCAUAUAUCCUACAUUCUAAAGAGUCCAGAAGGUGAUGGCGUCAUAACGGCAAGAAUGUCUAAGAAAGUGACUGUGGCUCAGCCUGAUAUUGCUACAGUUCCUAGAAUCGCCAGUGAGGCACAGGUAGUAAAAGCACGACAAAACAGUAGGGACAAUUAUGCCCACGGGAUAAACAGAAAAGGAAACGACCUUACGUUUAUGAUAAACGUUCUGCCAGACAAAAAAUGCGGGAAUGACUUUGAACGUGGUAUGCAUAUUUGCUUUUCAACGCUGUCCUCAGGCGGAAGUGUAUGCUCUCUGAUGCCUGGCUCACCAAUUAUUUCCUACUUAAGUGGGUCUUGGACACUGUUAGGAUUAGCUCCCUACUAAAAAAGCUGUGAUGAUGAAGAGACAAUAGCUUGGAAUGUCGCCAGUCACCGCCGAUGGAUCAACAAAAUA